CAGCCUGGCCGUUGUCAGCCAGUCCCCGCAAUGCAGCAGCUGCAGCCUCCCGUGCCGUGUCGCUUGGGCUGCUGCGGUGCAACUGCUGCAAAGCAGGGAUGCCGCCAGCUGCUGCAAUGGCUGCACUGCUGUCAGGGCUGCUGCACGCCAGGCAGCAAAGCGCCCUGGCUGCUUCCUCCUGUGCAACGGGGCAGCUGUUCAACAGGCCCUUGA